AUGAUCCGUCCUGCCUUUACUGUGCCCGCGGUGCGGGGAGCGCGGCCGGGGGAUCUGGCAACGCACGGGCAGCCACAGGCGGGGCCGGAGUCUCCUGGCUGCUGUUGGCUCCGCAGCCGUAAAUUAAGACUUCUUUCUCUUCGCAAGUACGGCCGGGACCGUGCGGGGUGGGCGGAUACAGCCAGCCGCGCCGCGGGACAGAGCCGGCUGUACCGGGGAGCGGUGCAGGGGCCAGCCGGCUGUGCGGGGGGACAGCGGGCGGUGCUGGGGACACAGCCAUUAGUGCGAGGGAACGCAGUCGGCAGUACGGGUGUCAGCGGACCGUGCCGGAGCGGGGGGAGGACAGGACAGGACAGGACAGGACAGGACAGCCGGGCGGUGCGGGCCGUGCGGGGCUCAGCGCGCUCGGCUCCGCGCUCUCCGCUCCGUUCCGCCCGCGCCGCCGCUGCCGCGCAUUGGCCCGGCGCUCGGUCCAAUGGGGCGGCGGGGCGGGGCCGGCGCGGCUCUCGCGAGAGCGGCGCCGUGCGGGCCGGCGGAACCAUGUUGCGGGCGGUGGCGGCGCAGCGGCUGCGGCGGGCGGCGUUGGUGCUGCGGAGGUCGAAGAGCACCUUGGUGGUGGCAGAGCACAACAAUGAGUCCCUCUCAGGCAUCACCCUCAACACCAUCACUGCAGCAAAGAGCCUGGGAGGGGAGGUGUCCUGCCUGGUGGCUGGUACCAGCUGUGACAAGGUAGCAUCAGAGCUCAGCAAAGUGCAGGGUGUUGCAAAAGUUCUCGUGGCUCAGCAUGAUGUAUACAAGGGAUUUCUAGCAGAGGAGCUGACUCCCUUGAUUGUGGAAACUCAUAAAAAAUUCAAUUACACCCACAUUUGUGCCGGAGCAUCUGCCUUUGGGAAGAAUCUUAUUCCCAGAGUGGCUGGCAAGCUUGAUGUUGCCCCUGUUUCUGACAUUAUUGAAAUUAAGUCCCCAGAUACUUUUGUGAGAACUAUCUAUGCAGGAAAUAUUAUUUGCACUGUGCAGUGUGAUGAAGCAGUCAAAGUGUUUACUGUACGGGGAACUUCAUUUGAGGCUGCACCAGCGAGUGGGGGCAGUGCCAGUGUAGAAAAGUUGACGCCCCCGCCGCCCGUGGGGAUGUCGGAGUGGAUCGAGCAGAAGCUGACGAAGAGCGACCGGCCAGAGCUCACCAGUGCCAAGGUGGUUGUGUCAGGGGGGAGGGGCUUGAAGAGUGGUGAAAACUUUAAGUUGUUGUAUGAACUUGCGGAUCAGUUGAAUGCUGCAGUUGGAGCUUCCCGUGCAGCUGUUGAUGCUGGCUUUGUUCCUAAUGACUUGCAGGUCGGACAGACGGGCAAAAUUGUAGCACCAGAACUUUACAUUGCUGUGGGAAUAUCUGGAGCAAUCCAACACUUGGCUGGAAUGAAAGACAGCAAGACCAUUGUUGCUAUUAACAAGGAUCCAGAAGCUCCAAUUUUCCAAGUGGCAGACUAUGGAUUGGUAGCAGACUUAUUUCAGGCGGUGCCGGAGAUGACGAAGCUCCUGAAGAAGAAGUGAGUGCUGGUGACGGGACCUGGCACUGUGGAGUAAGGGCAAAUAAAGGAUUUUACUGGAAA